AUGGAGGAGUACGUUCGCGAACCCUGUCCGUUUCGGAUCGUUAGUGAUUGUGGGGCGGCGUUUGCCAUGGGAACAAUUGGUGGGAGCCUUGUACAUGCUUACAAGGGUUACCGGAACGCACCAACUGGCUACUUCCGCAAAAUGUCCAGUGCCAUGGUUUCUGGGCGACAAAGAGCCCCUCUUGUUGGCGGAGCUUUCGCUGUCUGGGGUGGCAUGUUUACGGCCGUAGACUGCACCCUUGUCUUUGUACGGAAGAAGGAGGACCCUUGGAACUCAAUAACUAGUGGUGCUGUCACAGGUGCUGUUCUGGCCGUUCGUCAUGGCCCCGCAGCCAUGGCUGGACAGGCAGUCAUUGGCGGCAUCAUCCUUGCCAUUAUCGAAGGCCUCGGUAUCAUGAUGAAUCGCUUUGCUCCGAUGCUAAUGCAACCGCCUGAAGAGCCGCCUAGUCCCAGUGGACCGGAGGGAGGUGACAGCAACGCCGGCGGUGGUUCUCUGUUCAGCUUUUUCUCUCGUGGUGAUAGCAACGCUUCAAAACCACCAUCAGCGUCAGCAACAUCGACUGAAGGCAAAAGCGCUGGCUCUGGCUUCAUUUUCCAGUGA